UGCAGGCCCUGUUCGUUUCUUCUUUUGCGAGGAAGCGGCGGCAACCACUCUUCAAUCCGGAUUAGGCCUGGUUCACUGAAAGGGCUCCAUACGCAAAGCCAUUGGUGGCUCCUCUUCCUGCCGACCAACUCGAACGUUUCAAGCCCAGCCCAGCGUCGCGGAUUCAUCUGUCGCAUCGACUCAAUCCUCGGCCUUAAUCACCUACCUACCCGCGUACAGUUUUCUACAUGUCGGAGGUUGAGUGACGGUCGAUCUCGUCUUCCCGUCGGAUCGAAUCCUUGCCUAUCUACCGCAACUUAAAAAAGAAACGACAAAACAUCACCAGUGACACUUGACUGGAACCCACCGACAGCACCACCCAAUUUCACUCCCACCCAAAAUAACCGACAAAAAAAAGGGGUUCAAAUUCCUGAAGUCCAGCCAGUUCCGACCCAGAACAAAGGCCUCCCAUACGCUUACGAACACUAAACGAGACGCCGACGCCGACACCGUCUCAGACACCGGAUCAACCCAAAGCUGCUUCAUUCUGCGCUACAGUCCAGACGUCACACCGAAACCAUCCAGCGAACUAAGCCGCGUUCGGUGCGCGGCGUGCGGGAUCCAAGCGCCACCAGACCAAGGCCGCCCUUGGGCUGAGACAAAUUUCGCUGACACCUCUGAGACCCGAUCAUGAACGCUGCUGCCACCCGAAAUGCACCACCGCUGUCUCCAGUCUCAAUAGGCGGCAACGAACCAUCUUGGAAUUCCGGAUACUCACCUCCUCGCGGCGUCGAUGACAACAAGGAUGGUCCGUACCCCAACGCUCGCGGAAAUCCCUUCUCACCACCAAUAUCGGGCGGCUCCAUCGGCGCGAUGAACGGCUUCCCCCCGGGCCCGAGGAGCAACGGUGGUCCCUCGCCGCCUCCCUCGAUAGGCCGCUCCAGCCAAGGCACCAAUAUUUACGCAAGGAGCGAAAGCGGUCGCAGUAUGCGGGUUCCCGAAGACAGCGACAUCGUCCUGACUGAGCACUACAAUGUCCUCAAACGAUUCCUCGGCUCGACUUCCCAGAACGGCCAGCCUCCACCUCCGAACAAGGCACGCGACAAACUGCAGCGCCUUACUACGGUGCAGUUUCUUGAACUGAGCACCGACGUCUACGACGAACUCAAUCGCCGUUUUCCACCGCAGAACUCCGAACCUCCACCUAAAUAUCUUCUUCCCCGAGACAACUUCCACCCAAAGCGAAAUCAGGCCCGCCAGAAGCUGUCGUCGCUGCCGGCACCCCGUUUCAGGGACUUGGCCACAGAUGUCUUUUGCGAGCUCGAACGGAGGAUACCCCGAGUCGCUGAAGGCGACAUACCAAGAGUAAACAGCCCAGCCUCGAUGCGCAUGUCGAGUCGGUCGCAAACUCCUGUCAAUGGAAUGAACGGAUACCCGCCGAGAAACCCAAGUCGUGCGAGAAGACCGUCCGAGGCCAGUUCAGUACGCAGCACUGCGCUCAACUCGGCCUACGGGAUCCCACCGUCGCCUGGGAUGCCACCACCUGGAGCGUAUGAUCGACCAAUGGCAAAGCAGUCCCAAAGCAACACAAUCGUGCCGGUUAAGAGCACGAUGGUGGAAGAGGAUGACGACUCGCCACUCAGUCCGACAAGUCCCGAGAACGGAGAUGGUUAUGGAAUGGACGGGCCGACCAGAAUGAUGAAUAAUGGGCGCAGUAGUGCAACAUCCGAGGCCGAUCGAAGACAACUUGAUGAUUACGAAAAGCAGGUCCGCGAUCUGCAAGCAAAAGUAGACAUGUUAGAGAAUGACCUCAAGAAGAAGGAAGACGAGCUGGAGGCUGUCCAAGAUAGGGAGAGGGACAGCGCAACACGGAUAAAUGUGGACAAGAAAUCUUGGGAUGAUGCACGCUUGGACCUGGAGAAUCAACUGGCAGAUGCGCAAGACCUAAACGACCGACUGAAGCAAGAGCUAGACAGGAUUAGAGACGACCACGCCGCAGACACACGUCAACUGAGGGAGGAGAUUGAGGACCUGCGCCAAAAAGGUACCCGUGGUGGCCCCGGCGGCGGUGGUGCUGGAGAUGCAGAGCUGCAAAGAGAAAACGAAGAGCUUCGCAGGCUGCUCAGGGAGCAAGAACAGGUCACGGAGGAGGUGCAGCAGGAAGCUCAGAACCUCCUGCGAGAAAUGCGUACACUGUCCCAGCAGAGUGGUGCUGCGUGGGAAAAGCAGACGGAGAUGGAGCGAACAAUCGAGAAGCUCGAGGCCGAGGCGCAAGAAUGGCGUAGCCGCUACACCAAGACCAAGACCCAGCUGCGGAAUCUCAAGGCAACCUCGAUGAGCUUAGCGGUUGACGAUGCAGCCAAAUACAUGCGGGAACGAGGCUUCACGACCGAAAAUGGACUCGUUAAGGAUUUCCAUGUCACCAAGUUUCAACUUGCCGUCGAUGAUCUGCUACAACGGGCGCGCAGCGACCAGCCGGAUAAGAUCAUGGAGACUAUGAAGACUGUCGUGGUCAGCGUUCGGCGGAUUAUUAAGGACAUGGAUGAAGCUGGCAACGGCAGUGAGGAGCAGCGCAAGCUGAAAGGUCGUAUCGCUAGUACAGCGAAUAAUCUCAUCACCGCUGCAAAGAACUUUGCUGCCUCGGCAGGUAUCUCUCCGGUCAGCCUGAUCGAUGCGGCAGCAUCUCAUCUUGUUGCAGCCAUUGUGGAACUGCUCAAGACGGUCAAGAUCAGGCCCACACCAGCAGGCGAGCUGGAGGAGGAGGACGACGACGACAUAAUGACACCUAGUAACAACAGUGUUGGGUUCUUCUCGCCGAGAUCACAAGCUCCUACACCCCUGACCACAACCAAUCCCGCAGAGGAAAAUCUACCUCCUCCGCCGCCAUUCCGCGGCUUCGGCAACAGGCUUAGCGCCGACUCAUCUGCCUACAGUCCUGUCAACUCGCCUAGGGAGUCGACCACGACGGACAGAUAUGGUGGUGGUGGGCUUGGUAUCAAUGGUAGCAACGGCAACGGCAACGCCAAUGGCAAUGUGAAUGGCGAUUCUGGAAAGGCUCUACCGCCCCAGCCAUCCAACGGAUAUGGAGCGAAUGGCUAUGGCGGCAUGGCCCCGCAGCGGGAUAACGCUGCUGAGGAUCUCAAGAUCUUUGUCGAGGACCAGACCGCCUACCUUGUGGCCGACAUUCAAGAACUCGUGGCUGCCAUUCGAUCUGACGCUGCCAUCAUCACCCUUCGCGACGAGAUCUCGCGCAUUGCCGAAUCGGUUGAUAAAAUUGUGGACGAGACCUCACGCAGCAGUGGUGGACCGAAUGCGUUCCCCAACCUUAAAAACCUUCAAGCAUGUAGGGAACGGCUCCUCGAGGCGGGCGAGCGCGGGCAGGAGCUGUCCGACGGCGGCAUGGGCCCGCCUAGCAGGGAGUGGCGUAUGUGGACGCAGACCCUACCACCUAUCGCCUUUGAGAUCGCCAGAGAAUCCAAGGAGUUGGUGCAAUCGGUUGAUAGGUUGGUCCUGGGAGGUGCUGGUGGUGGUGACGACUUUUCAUAACGAUUUUACAGAGUUUUUUUUUUUUUUUCUUUUCUUUUCUUUUUUUCUUUUUUCUUUCUUCUUUUUGGGGCAUUUUAUCCUUUC